AUGCCCAUUCCCUUGCUCACGCUGAUCAGCGGGGAGUCAUGGAAGGGAGGGCCUUUGCUAGACCUAUCUGAGAGCAAGGGGGUUAAGACUUGCACUGCGCGAGAGGUGAGCAAGAACUUCACCUUUAUCAAGCCUGUGGUACCAUCAGCAUACUUCCUGACUGAUGUUUUCAUCGCCCUUCACAAGCUCAUGGACGGAAAGCUGCUGAAGCCGCAGAACAAGAACGAGUCAGUCAUGACACUGGCAGGUUUGGAAGGGCUCAAGCUCAAGAAACUGAUUGGUGCGUUGCGGGCCUUGUGGCGCAGCUCGCGGGUUUCAGGUUUUGACGACCGUGUGACAGAGUUGAAGGGAUACCUGAGACCGUCUCCUGGUGAUCCUGAAGACGAUGAGGGUGAUGGACAGCCUGAUGUUCAUCCCGACGCUGAAUGCGAUCGGGAGUCCCUUGAUGGUGAAGGAGAUGACCCGAUGGACGAGCCCCAGACUGAUGGUGAAGGUGAUGACCCGGUUGAGGAAUGCAUGUCUCAUGAAGGUGAUGACCCGAUUGAGGAGUUUGAGUGCAAGUCCCAUGGUGAAGGUGAUGACCCGAUUGAGGCCCACUCCAGUGACUCCAGUGAUGAAAGUGAUGGCUCAGCUGAUGAGAAUCUUCCCCCCUUGAUGAAUGGCAAGGAUUCUGUGCCGGGUGACCGUGCUUCAAGCCCUGAGCCUCAUGCUGUUCCUGCCCAGGUUGCAGAAACUAACAGCAGUCAGGACAGCCUUCUGGCACCAACCCUGAAGCUUGGCGCGUCUGAUUCUGAAUCCAACUCUCCGACUUCCCCAGAGGAGGUUCCUUCGAGCCAGCCUGAAAGCGAGUUCCAGUGUAGUCAAGUCUCAUCAGGGUGGCUUGGAAAAGCAUACAACCUGUACAACCGGUUGGACAAGGAAGAGAAGAAGGAGAAGACCAUGCAAAAGCUUUUGCAAGACAUCCGCAAUGACCUUGAGAAUGAAGCGGGUGCGACUUUCCAGGACGAUGACAUGAUGUACAAGGAGUAUGAAAAGUGGUGCCGUGCUUCUUUGGAGGACUAUGGCGACCAUGUCUACGGCCAUUUGGCAUCAUGGAGCACUUACAACAAUUGGGUUCGUUCCCAGAAGGACGGCAACCCCUGCACCCCUGCAGCCACUCCAGAUGACAAGAGCGCUUCGGAGGUGCCCCAGAAGAAGCCUUUGAACAAGGCUUUGCGCAUGAUGGACUUGAAGGAGACAGUUGAUGAGUCCCGGGACCCCGGUCGGGCCAAGAAGAUGACACUGUUGAAGGCCAAGGACAAGGGCGCAGCGGAUGUGCCAAGUGAAUCAGGGGAUGUCUUGAGCAAAUUCCGUGACUACGACCUUGACAUGCUUGGCCUCCCUCACUCAGCCCGCCCACGGGCAAAUCAAGUGUAUGCGGGAAAGCAUGGUUACACACUUCGCAGCUCCAAAGGGGGGGCGAUCGAAGUGCUUCUCAAAGCCAGAGCCUACGUGGUGAAGCGUUCGGAUGAGGCAAAGGCAGCUGAGCGCAAUUGUCUUGGACAGGCAGAGGAUUGCCCAGGGCCACAGCCACUCCCGCGAAACAUGAAGGCGAAGCAGCGAGCCUACAUCAUGGCCAUUGCGACGCUGGUGUCGCUUCUCUUUGCGGCUGGCCGUGCUGCCCAGCCUUUUGAUGUGGAGUUGGAUUCAGUGAAUAUGGAUUUGACCUCAAGCAUUGGGUUUUCGAAUGCGCUUUACUAUGCGGCCAACCUGGAACCGGGCAGUGGCCACACCUCUGUCUCGUGGAUCGACGUGGAGGAGCAAAGUCAAUCCUCUUGGCCGACGGGACAGUGUGGCAGUCCAGGUCAUCGAGCAAUCGACAGCAUCGACGACUUCAAGGUUCCAGAGAGGCUUGAGGAAAGGCAGAUGGUUGUCCGCUACAGUUUUGGCGACGCCCUCUCGAAGUGCAGAACCUUGCAUGCGAAGAAGAUCACUCGAAAAGCUAAGGCUUUCUUAAAGAAGGCACGUGCUACCAGCAACGACUUUGAUAUGAGUAAGUCAGCUCCAGAGACAGAGUCCAAGACCAAGAGGCCAUCUGCCUUGAGGAAGCCAACAGUUUCGUCUUCUACCCCUGCUGAAAGACUUCAGAAGUACUUAGCAGAGAAGAAAUUGAAAGACCGCGCAAGUUCUGCAACCUCCAAGGCUUCGUCAAGGGGUGCUUCGAGAUCUUCGAAGAAGGACGCUUUGAAGAAACAUGAAAAGAAGGAGAAGAAGGAGAAGAAGGACGUCAAGAAGAAAGUGUCGGGAGGUAAAGCUGUCCCGGUGAUGAAAGUCAACAAGGGUGACAAGUUUGAGAAGUCGAAGUCAAAGAGCAUGUCCAAAGAGGACAAGAAGAAGGCUGCUGUCAAGGAACAGAAGAAAGGUAAAGAUGUGAAGAAAGGCGAGAGGGAAUGUUCCAGAAAGACAAAGGAGGAUAAGAAGGUCAAGGAGGAUGAGGGAAGGAAAGCUGAGACCAAAGAAAAGGAUGGUAGAAAGAACCAGACAACUGAGACCGAGAAGAAGCCAGAUCAGCCAGGUACCAUAGACAAGAAGACGAAGGGUGAGGCGAAGGAUACAAGCAAUAAGAAAAAGGGCGAGGAAAAGAUCAAGUUCGUUCCAAGCCAAAAGAAGAAGGUUGAACACAUCUUCCACACUCCGCCUGCAAAGGCUUCUCAUUCCCCUGCUUCUGCUUCGAGCUUGACUUCAAAGCAGCGAGCUGAGAUGCACCUCCGUUCCCUUGGAGACCUGCUUCAGGCUUCUGAUGACGAUUCAGUGUCGGCAACCGAUAUGGACGAGUUUCUCUCUGAAAUCGCCACUCAGGGCAAAAAGGCAGCUGCAGAUGAGGCAAAGGAAGACAAGGAUCCACAGGAGGUUGAAAAGGCAAAGGAGAGCAAAGAUAAGGAAGAGUCAAGUGAUGUUAGCUCCAACGAUGGAGAUGAAAGUGAAGGUGGUGAGGAUGAAGAAAGUGAGGAGGAAUCUCCAGACAAGGACGAUGUUUCCUCGGACCUCGACAGUGACGAAAAGGUGGGAUCGGGGGAUGAUCUUGAGGAAGAUGAGGAAGAUGAGGAAGAUGAAGACGACGAAGGAGAAGAUAAAGAUGAUGAUGAAGAGAGUGCUGAAGAUGAAGUGACAAAAGAUGAGAAGGAAGUGGAGAAGAAACCGGAGGAGGAAGGAGAGGACAAAGACAAGGCACCUGCCACCGAAGCAUGCCACGCUUUGGUGCCUGCUACUGCAGGAGCUGCUGAGGCAACCAAUGCCUUGCGAAAUUCAACCACCAACAAGAGAGAGUGGGACGCGUUCUGCCGUCAGCUCAAGAGUGGCAACAAGAUCCCAUGCCAAGUUUCAGAGUAUGCGCAAAAUGCUGCAAACAAGACCUGCCUUUUUGGCAUGUGGCUUGACUCUGGGAAGGACUGGAACCAAUGCUCACUCACUUUGGAAAGGACGCUGAAGCAGAAGAACGAAUCAGAAAAAGGCUGGUGCGCAGUUCAAGGUCGAGAACUGAAAAAAAAGUAUGAAGGAAACCCCGAAAAGUACCAGAAGUUGGUUGAAAGCAGGAAAAAAUCCGGGUUAUGGUAUCCGGACGACGACUUUCCGGAUGAUGAUGAAGAAGCUUGGUUUUUCAUGCGGGUUGGCAACUCUUUCAAGCGAAAAGACAUCACAGAGGAGUCCAUGAAGUUGAAAGGAUCCAUGGAUGUCGACCCUUCCCUCCGUGAAGCCCUGACAGAUGCCGAUGAGGGCAUUUUCAGGCCUGGGGCUCUUCCAAAGAUGCAGACUUCGUCCACCAACGGCAACAAGCUGCUCCUGGAUGCUGUGGAGAAGGUGGUUGCAGCACCAAAAAAAAAGGCGAAGGACAAGGAGAAUGCUGACAAAGCUCCAGCAGAGGAGGUUGUACCACAGACUUGGGAAGAGAAAGCGAAGGAUAUCAUGGGAGAGUUACUUUCUGACGCUGCAAAGGCCAGAACUGAGUCCAUCAAGCUUUCCAAUGUUCCGUAUGCCAAGGAAUUGUCAGAUCAGAUGCUGCAACAUGCAGCAAAGUUGGAAGGUUUCUACAAAGAGAUCGAGAAUAAUGUCGCUCAUGGGGCAGGGGAGAAAGAGUUCAAGUCCUUGAUGAAGAACGUCAUUGAAGCCACCGCAUUCACGGCCAAAGCUCAGGCAGCAUCUGCAGCCUUGCUGAAGCCACCUUCGAAGUCCAAGUCCAAAAAGUCCAGUGGCAGCAAAGCCAAGAAGACUAAAAAAACCAAAUGCAUCCCGACUGCUGAAUCGUUUUCUAGGUUGAAGAUCACAAGGAGCUCCCACAUCCUGCCAUCCGGGCAUUCUCAAGCUUGGGCGCAAACGCUGAAUAUGGGGGCAACAUGGAGAGGGACCUUCACCGGUGGCUUCGUGGUUCGUCAGGAAGUCAACAAAGCGAUUGCCCAACUCACUGCUUGGUCCUUGUCUAUCGCAGCAGAAGGCACAGCACCUCAGGUUGGUUUCUACCAAGAGAUGUUCGACAAGGGAUCUUACCGUUUUGGCAUGAGGGGAAAGCAGCUAGCGAAGAGUUGGAAGAAUCUUAGGUUGGGUUUGCCUGCAAAGCCACAAAUCAACCUGCACAGCCUCAGAGGAGAUGAUGACUACACUGAAUUGUCCUCCCGAUUCAAGGGGUCAUCUGUGAAGAUCCUUGUUUGGUGGCUCGCUCUGGAAACCCAAAGGCAGUCCGAUGAACGGGGCAAUGUGCUUGACACUGCGGGCCUCGUUCUGGAUGAGGAUGAGGCCACAGAAGCUUCCAGCUGCCUGCAGAUCCAUCUGAAAUCUUAUGCGGUUUUAGCUGAACACUACUUCAAGCUGAGGGAAGAAAAUGGCGAGGGAAGGCAACAAAUGGCGGUGCCCGGGCGGCUUCUGCGCAUCUCCCGUUCCUUGGGUUCCUUGGUUCGGCGGAAGGGUGUUGAGGAACCGUGGGUGAAUGGUCAAGCUCGGCUCAAGGCCACGAAUCAGAUGAAUCAGAAGAGAUCCAAAAUGUUUCAUGUCUUGGUUGCAGCGGGCCGAUCCCUGCUCUCGUCUUCAGCUGAAGAUUGGCAGCGCAUCAACCUCUUCCUACCGGAAAACGAGGUUCGCGACAUUUUGCAGCUGACUUCCCAUGCGAUGCUCCGAGCAGUUCGAGUCGUUUUGGCCAACGGAUCGUUGGCUGAAGCCCGCGACCAGAAGAUGCUGAUGAAAGGAGGGCCUCUCUGUGGUGCAGGAGGAGUGAACCAAGGGGAACGCUUCCAAGGGGCUCGGCUUGAAAGGGGGGUGACACGGGAGGGUAAAUUGCCCAAUGACCUGCUGGUGGCGAGGCGCUUGGAUGCUCGCAGGCAUUAUGUGCAGAACAACUUGGCGUAUGAUCCGGUCUUUGAGUCCCUUGGCGCAACUGGAGGGAGGUUUUCGGACAACAAGAUGUUGCAUGAGCGACAGGUUGCCAUCUCCGACUUCCAGCAGUUGAAGGAGGAGACAGCAGACAGCGGAGUGAAGCAGAUCAUGGGAGCUGGGAAGACGACCGUGGUCAGCCCGCUCUCAAUGACGGAAAUCGACGGAAGAGUCUGGCGGUGCCAUCAGAGUUUUGUCGAGGAUGGCGGUCUCCUCCAGAAGCGUGUCUGCUUGUUCCGCUGCGACCGAUCUGAAGAUGAGGACAUUGCCAUUUGUGAUCGGAUUGAGUCAGUCGGAAACGAAGGUCAUGUACUGACAAAGCCAACCGAUGUGAAGAGUCUCAUCUUGCGCUUUGUGGAAAACCUAGACAUCUGCAAUGAUCGUAGGUCGAAACCACGCUGGGUCGAGUUCUGGAGAUUUUCUCCAAAGGAGCAUGAUGAGGUCGAUCUUGUGUUGCACCCCUUGAGGAGUGAACUGAACUUCCCCAUUGGACCCAAGAACUUGAUCGACUUCGUGCACCGUUGGCAGAUCCCCCUUCAUUUGCCGGAAGGCAUUUUCAUCAGUGAACUGCAAUCUGGCAAGACCGGAGAAUUGACGCCACCCGAGCGCUUUGCGGACAGUGCUUUGGCCAAGGAUAUCUUGAAGAUCGCCAAGACCAUUGCCGAUGGCACUAAAGAACUGAAGAUGCAGAGAUCUCUGCAUUUGGUCUUGUUGAACUUGGAGUUCUACGAUGAGAGGAUUCCAGAAGUUCCAGAAUUCAUCGUUCGGUUCUCAAAGAAUUUGAAUGGGUGCAACUUCCCCUAUCCGACCAUCUCAAUGACUGUUGGACUUCUGCGUCAGUUGAGAGAGAACCAUGUGCUCCCUGUCCUAUCGCAAGAGGGAUCACCAACACACGUCCAUGCGUAUCCAUACUUUAGCGCUUAG